CAAGUUACGUUUUAUCAAGAUACGCUUAUAGUUCUUAUUAAAAAACGUCUUGGCUUUAAUAGGCAUUCAAUAGGCGCAAAACAAGGUGAAGAUGGUGAACUACGUUUAAGACAAUUAGUCAAUUAUGAUAAUUGGAAUGUUUUACAAGACCCAAAGUUGAAAACUAUUAGUUACGUUUUGUUUAAAGAUCAUAAUAGUUCCUACAUAGUUAACUUUAGUUGGUCACAAGCAGAGUUUAAAGAGAACUAUUGUAUUUUUCAAUGUGGCACCGCUACUUGUAAAUUUAUAGCAGAUUCGGGUAAAUUUUCUGAACAGUACGAAUUAGAAUAUGAG